GUCAUUGUUGAUGUUUGGCGCCGGAAUAAAAAUAAAAAGUUGUCAUUGAAUAGAAUUCAUUUUAAAAUUUGGAGUAUUAAAACAUUAUUUAAAAAUGCCAUCGACACUUGAAUCAUGCGAAAACUUUUUCGCUUCAAAAGAUUUGUACGCUAUAUUUGAAAUUGAUAAAACAGCAACAGUCGCAGAAAUUAAAAAGGCCUAUUACAAACAUGCUCUUAAAGUUCAUCCUGAUCGCGUUCCUGAGUCAGAAAAAGAAAAUGCUACAGAAAAGUUCAAAGUCCUUGCAAAGAUUAACGAAGUCCUUUCGGAUGAUAAUCGUCGAAAGUUAUACGACGAACAAGGCAUUGUUGACGAUGAUGAUGAUGAAAAGUUUGGGUCUACAUGGUUAGAAGCUUUCAAGAAUAUUUUCAAACCCAUCAGUGAAUCGGAUAUUGAUAAUUAUCGUAAAGAAUACGUCGGAUCUGAAUUAGAAAAGUCUGAUUUGAAAAAAGCUUACGUCAAUGGUAAAGGAUGUAUUAAUUACAUGAUGGAGCAUGUUCCAUUCAUGGGGAUUGAAGACGAGCCGAGAUUCCAUGAGAUUGUCAAUGAAUGGAUUAAAAACGAAGAAGUUCCCGAAUUCAAAGCAUUCACAAAAGAACCGAAAUCGAAAACUGAUCGUCGACAUAAAAAGUAUGCUCGAGAGUCGAAGGAAGCUGAAAAACUUAAGAAGAAAAUGAUGGAAGAUAAUGAAGAUGAUCUUGCUAAGCAAAUCAUGUUACGAAAGGAAGAUCGUUCCAGAAACUUUGGAUCUUUCCUUGAUAAAUUAGCAGAGAAAUAUGGAGAUGAAGAUGACGAGGAUGCUUUUUCUUGGGAAGACCUCGGCAAGAAGACGAAGAAAGGGAAAAAGAGGUCAACACCAAGAAAAGAUAAGAAGGAGACUCCAAUCAAAGCUGGGCUUUGUGGUAUUAUAAUGACGAUAUAUAACUUAUACAUAUUCGACAAACAUGGAACACUUCUUUAUUACGCUGAAUGGAAUCGUGUAAAGCAAUCAGGGAUUACUAAAGACGAGGAAGCUAAACUUAUGUAUGGUUCACUAUUUUCAAUCAAAUCAUUCGUCAGUAAAAUAUCACCAAUAGAUCCUCGAGAAGGAUUUCUAUUUUAUAAAACAAAUAAAUACGCUCUCCACUACUUUGAAACACCUUCGGGUCUGAAAUUUGUUCUCAACACCGACACAUCAUCCACAGGAGUUAAAGAAAUUCUUCAACAACUCUACGCAAAGAUAUUUGUCGAAUAUGUUAUAAGAAAUCCUUUAUGGACGCCAGGAACUCCAAUAGCAUCCGAUUUAUUUAAAGUGAAAUUAGAUGACUUUAUUAAACAAUGUCCAAUUUAUGGAUUGAAAAAUAUUUAG